AUGGGCCUCGCCACGCCCUUGUCGUACCUCUGCUCGGGCGUGGUGCUGAACAUCAUCUCCCAACUCAUCACAGACACCAGCUUCUCCGCCCCCGAGGCCCACAUCAUCCCGGCCGUCAAGUUCACGGCCACGCUGGUGGGCGCGGCGCUGCGGCGGCCGCGCGGCGUGCGGCCGGCGGCCACCCCCUCCCAGCGCCGCCUGAUGGCGGCCAUCGGCCUGCUGGACGCCUCCGCCUACACGCUGUACUGCCUGGGCUUCUUCGCCUGCGGCGCCACCCUGGCCAACCUGCUGCUGUCGGGGGUGGGCCAGGUUCUCACGGCGGCGCUGACGCGCUGGGUGCUGCGCCGCCGCCUGACGGGCGGCCAGCUGGCAGGCAUCGCCUUUGUGGGCCUGGGCCUCGCCGUGCGCGCCGCCCCGGCCUUCCUGCUCGGCGCCGCCGCCCCCAACGACGGCGGCGCGGCCGCGGGCGCCGCGCUGUCGCGCGAGCAGCUGGUGGGUGCAGCGCUGGUGGGGCUGGCCGCCCUGCUGUACAGCAUCCUGGGCGUGGCCUAUGAGAAGCUGCUUAAGGGCGAGCCCGCGCCGCCGCCCAAUGCCGAGAUCAUGUGGCACGUCUCCAUACUAGGCUUCCUGGCCAGCGCCGCCUACCAGGCCCUGUACACCCUCCCCAACUGGGACCGGCUGGUGGCGCAGCGCAUGGCCGCCAGCGGCACCUCCCCGCGCUACCUCGUCGCCCUGCUGGCGCUCUUCGGCGCCCUCUUCAACCUGCACAUGCUGGUGCAGGCGGCGGUGUUCAAGACGGAGGGCGCCAUCGGCGUGGGCCUGGUGAACGCGGUGCGCGGCGCGGUGAUCACCGUCACGGUGGCGGCGCUGUUCUGCAGCCCGGCGCGGCCCCACCUGUGCCUCACGCCGCAGACCAUCCUGAGCGCCGCCAUCACCACGGUGGGGGGCGCUGUGUAUGUCCUGGCGGGCAGCGGGCAGCAGCCGCCGCAGCCGGCCAAGGCGGCAGCGCAUGGGGCCGCAGCGGAGGACAAGAAGGAUAAAUGA